UCGUCAAAUCAGUAUAGCGGGGAGCGCUUGACGCGAUGCUACUAUGCAGUAUAUUGCGUGGAGUGCUAUCCGCGUCUUUCGGCACCGUUGUGCAGAUUGCGAUCUUUUUACUGCAGAACACCAAUAUCUCAAGAGUGCUCGCGUCCAUGCCACCAGGAGCCGAAGACGAGAUUAUCCUGAUCGAGCAUCUGCCGGGACGGAGGGUGCAUCUCCAGGAUUUCUUUUGGACCGGCCUAGAAGACGCGCCACCAUGGAUGGAUCCCAAUCAGGGCUUAACUUUCUACGAGACGAGAACAGUCGUUCACACUGCCACAGUUUACACCCCGACCGACGAGAAGGGUCCGUCGGACCCCAUAUCUCCUCAUCGUCCAGACACUUACAAUCCAGAAUGCGUUACGUGCAUAGAACCAACACCUAGGUUGGACGAUGACGAUCAAAGCAUCGGAGUUCUUAUCGGAGAUGAUCCAGGCCCAAGGUACUGGCUGUUGACGGUUCUUCGACCGGGUGAAGCCGUACCACCUAAAGUCGAGCUUCGUUUAGCUCGCCUGUAUCGAGCCGCGUUUUCCAGACAGCAGCAACGGCACCUUGGUCUGCUAUCGACAGAUCCACGGUCCCGAAGAGAUGCAUUGUUACGUAGUUUAGCUAACCGAAAGAACAUACAAGAACGUCUUGGAACCUCGUCCCAAAUGAGAGCUCCGCAAGAAGAGAGUUCCGCAAAUACAACCGAUGCUCAAUCAUCCGAAAUAACAGUUGGCACUAUCGGAAGCUCUUCGACUGACGCAGGCUCUUCGACUGAAACGAGCGUCCCAAGCUUAGUCGACGACAAAUAUUUUUCGAAUGUCUCGCAAAUCAAGUCCAUGAAGAUGAUCGAAAUCCCCAGGCCGAAAAAGAUGUUGCUGCCGAUAAUCGAUGAUGAUGCAGCGAACGAUUACAAAACAUCUGCAAAAGAUGAUGCCACUCUAAAAAAGAUCAUAAAAACAUUGAAAGGGGAAACAAACGCUUUGUCUACGCAGAACGAUGAAUCUGUAACCGUCGAUCAAACACAUUCCAGUACCAAUGCAACUGACGAUUCCAGAAAACAGUCUCCACCGGAAGCAAUACCAAUUCCCUCGUCUGAUUCAAAACUGAAUACUGACAGCAUCUCUAGAAGCCAAUCUAAUGAUAAUAGAUAUUCGAGUACAAGUAUACGCUCGAAAUUGCGUUUAGCGGACGGUUCGAUUCCGGGAAUCGUAAAGGUCAGAAUGCAGAAUACGAGCGUUAUCGAGGGCGGUGCAAUGAGAUUGAUCUACUCGGUUCAUCUCGACGGUAAACCUGUACCUGCUGAAACGGCUGCAAGAGACAUGGCGCUCCUCUCGCCUCAGGAAGUCGCUCUGGAGCUCGGUGCACCGGUAAUUAUUCAAAGCGAACCUUAUCUGAAAGAAAGUAGACCUCUAGCCCUCUCGAGAAGGAGAGACGCAUGGCUGCUGAUUGGUGCCGCCGGUGCGGGUGUCGUUUUGUUAAUCUUCGUUUUCAUUGGCUUAAUUUUGGCUGCUAAAAGGAAAAGGGCACACAGCGCUGUCGUUGCACCACCGAACAAAAGUAUUCUUAAGAAGGAACGCGAAUAUGCAUCCACGGCGUCCGGUCUCGAUAACGCAGCGUUCUCGGCGUCGGAAACAGAAAUUAAGACCGAUGGUACCAGUCAGCGGCAAACUCCGCAUACUUUAUCCCGAACUCCGAUCACGCCCGACACGCCCGACAGUCUAGAAUUAGGUAUUCACGAAGUUUCCAGCGACGACGACGAAGAACCGAAGAAAACUCGCGGAUCGGUUCCUUGGAGUACCCACGAACGCGCAGCCAAGAAAACAAGAACAUCUCAUGAAAGAAUGACGAGGGCGAACGCAGUGGACCGAGCCGAGUCACCGGAUUCGUUAACCGAUCAUAUUGAGACACUGGAGUCUUUGGAGAAUGGAUAUGUAAAGCAUAAGGAAGACUCUACCGCUUCACCGCGAUCCUAUUUAUCAAUGCCAUCGUGCAAACAGUUUCCUAGUAUGCGUAGCGUAGAACCACUGUCAAGAGUGUUAGAACCUGUCAUGGUCAGGCACUUGGACAUCGAUUCUCCAGAAUUAGUGCAUCACGAUAGAGACGACAAUGUUGACGACACGUUCCUCGCAAGAACGUCGAGUGCGUCGAAGGAACCUGGAGCUGUAGGGCCAAUUGUUUGGAGUCUAAACAAGCAAAUAUUUUCGACAGAAGAUUCAACUCGUUUAAAGGUAAUGGUACGCCCGAAACGGAUGUUGAUGGAAUGUACCAUCUACCAUCCGGACCCGUGGGCCGCGCCAGAAGGAGACUCCACGAGUUGCUCGAAGACUCCUUCAGUCUCUUCGGAAGUAGAGAUGUCAAAAUCAGAGAGCCGCAGCGACCGCCGCAGUCGUCGAUCUCCGUUACAAGUACGGCGGAUACGCUCGCAAUACUUUCGGAAACAAGAGGCAAAUCCGCCCACGUCAGGUACAUAUUGUUCUUCUUCUUCUUCUUCUAACAGCCCAGUAGCAACGCCGACGAUGGAAAUGAAGACACGACCCCGUACAUCAUUACCACGUAAAGGUUUAGACGAAGAUAUCCCAGAGACUGGUCAGGCUGAAGCAAUUCAUUCUCGCGGUGCCUGGGGAUCAAGGCCACUCAGUGCGGGUCCGUUCCAUAGACCGAAUUUACCGGAAGUGGACACCAGGCGUAUAUUAGCGGAUAGCAGACUUCCACUGGAAGAUCCUGCGGUACCUUUGAUCGCGUCAAUCAAAAAAGAACUUGAAAAGUUCUCGCCUCAGUAGAGUCCAGUAGCAAAUACAAUAGAAUGCAAUAACUUAAAUGCUCGCGAAGUGAUAUAUUAAUCUUAAGUCGAAGAACGGUGUAAAUAUUCAAUCAACCUUUUUCACAAAAUUUUAUAACUCGAUGUCGAUGUUUUCCAUUAUAUGGACUAUAAUAUAACACAACAAAACAUUUUACAUAUAUCAUACCUACACGAAAGUAUAAGCAUUACAAUAAGAAACAAAAAAGAAGUCAUCGUUUUGUUGUAACAACUCAAAAUUGUGCCACCGAAUUUAACUUGUUAAUCACUGUAUAUAUCAUUACUUUAAAUAUAGAAUACAUUUGCAAACUUAAUACGACACAACCAUGCAUAGAAAGUUUGACUGAUUAAACUAUAAAAAUACUAAGAACUUCUUGACUGAUUCAUUCACAUAUGAAAUCUCUGUAACUCAGAUAAAGUAUGCAAUAAACUUAUUAAUAUAUAUAAUCUAA